CUGUUGAUAAGCCAUUAAUCUUAUUGAUGUUACAUUUUGCUAUAAAAGACCUGAAAACUACCAAAACUUCACCAUUCUAACCAACCACAACAAAACUACAACAUGCUGGCAUAUCUCUCCGCAUUCUGCUUCUUUGUUGCUGCCAUCUCAACAGGUGACUGUUACAGCAUUGCAGGUCCAUUUAGUGGGAAAAAUGAUAGUUUGGGACCACACAUCGUUAUCUGCACAUUACCACCAGAGUGUUACCAUGAAGGUAGAGCUUACCAUGUAGGAGAGACCUUUCCUUCCUACAUGGGAGAGUGCAUGUGCACUUGGUAUGAUGGGAUUGAAUGCAAGAUGGAGGUUUGCGAACACAAAGGAGCAUCUUACAGAGUUGGGCAAACCUUUAUGGACGACUGCAACGAAUGUUCCUGCGAAGGUAAUAAUGUCGUUAGAUGCACAAAGAAGAUAUGUCUUACCACAGAUACAGGCUGUGCUUACAACAACAAGAUUUAUAAGAUUGGAGAAAGCUACAUGAAAGAUUGUAACACAUGUAUAUGCGAAGCUACAAACGCAGCAGUUUGUACCGGAAUAUUCUGCAUUUUUGAUUAAAACUUUUGAGAGAUGGUCAAUUCUGGAGAGACCUGGAAACUUCUAGAAGAAACCGAAGAGAAAUAUUGACAUGAUUUGAAAAUGGAUAAUUCUGAGAAA